CAAGGCCCGCGGGCCACAUCCGGCCCGCGAGAAGGUUUUUUACGGCCCCUGGGAUGAUCUUGAUUUAUUAUUAGAACCGGCCCGCAGACCGCAGCAAGCCGGCAGCCCGCAGAUCUUUUACACGCACCAAUACUACAUUUCCCACAAUGCAACGGUGACGCACCGAGCAGUAGGCUGCUUCAUUUCAAUAUUUAUUGGCACAGCAGUCGUCAGCAUCACAGUAAAAUUAACUUUCAGAUACCCAUCAAAAAUGGCAAAACGGAAGGUGGACACUGAGAACCGGGGGUUUCAAACAAGGUGGGAGUCGGAGUAUAUGUUCACGGAGGUAGCUGGAAAACCUGUGUGUCUUCUGUGUGGAGAAAGUGUGGCGGUACUGAAAGAGUAUAAUCUGAGACGACAUUAUGAAACGAAACACGCGGACAAAAACAAGAAUAUGGACAUGGAACAAAGGCUACAAAAGGCAGAGGAAUUAAAACGAGGCCUCAAAUCUCGACAGGCUCUGUUCAAAAAAGCCAAAUCACAAGGCCAGGCUGCUGUCAAGGCCAGUUUUAUUUUGGCAGAAGAGAUCGCUAAAUCAGCCCGGCCAUUUACGGAGGGGGAUUUCAUCAAAAACUGCAUGAUUAAAGUUUGUGACGAAGUUUGCCCAGAAAAAAGGCAACUCUUUUUAAAUGUGAGUCUGAGCAGAAACACCAUUGCCGAGAGAGUAGACCAGUUGUCCAUCAAUCUAAAAGAGCAGCUUGUGAAAAAGGGAAAAGAUUUCAUUGCAUAUUCCUUGGCUGUGGAUGAGAGCACCGACAUUUCUGACAUUGCCCAGUUGUCAAUUUUCAUCCGCGGAGUGGACUCCAGCCUAAGCGUGACAGAGGAGUUUUUGGCUUUACGUCCUAUGCAUGGCACAACUACGGGGCAUGAUUUGUAUGAAGAGGUGUCAAGAUGUGUAAAUGAGAUGGAGCUGCCUUGGGAAAAACUCGUGGGUUUGACAACCGACGGAGCACCUGCGAUGUGUGGACACAGGAGCGGACUGGUGGCGAAGAUACGGGAAAAGAUGCAAGAGGAAAACGCGACAGGUGAGCUGACAGCUUAUCAUUGUAUCAUACACCAGGAAGCGUUGUGCGGUAAAGCCUUGAAAAUGGAGCAUGUAAUGAGCAUCAUCACGCGCACAGUUAACUUUAUCAGAGCCAAAGGUUUGAAUCACCGCCAGUUCAAGGCAUUUCUGACGGAGUUAGAAACGGAGCAUGGUGAUUUGCCUUAUCACACAGAGGUGCGAUGGCUAAGCCAGGGAAAGGUGCUUCAAAGAUGUUUCGAGCUUCGUGAGGAGAUUUGUCUGUUCUUGGACAGCAAAGGGAAAGACACAACACAACUCCGAGACGAAAUGUUUCUGUGUGAAAUGGCUUUUCUGUGUGACAUUACGAGUCAUCUGAAUGCAAUGAACUUGCAGCUGCAGGGUCGGGAUCAUGUCAUCUCUGAUAUGUACAGUACAGUGAAGGCAUUUAAAACCAAACUGACUCUGUGGGAGACGCAGAUGCGGAAAGAAAAUUUGAGCCACUUUCCCAGCUGCCAGACCAUGAAAGAGAAGCUCUCUACCAGUGCGUUCCCGAGCGCACAGUUGGCUGAUAAAAUAGGUAUGCUUGCCGCUGACUUUCGACGCCGAUUUGCUGACUUUGAAGCACAAAAAAGCAGGUUAGAACUGCUCGGUAACCCAUUUGCUGUUGACGUGGAAAGCUCACCACCAAACCUCCAAAUGGAGUUGAUUGACCUCCAAUGCAAUGAUGCACUGAGGGCAAAAUAUGCGGCAGUGGGUGCUGCGGAGUUCGCCCGUUUCCUCCCCGACACAAUGCCCCAGCUGCGCAUCCAGGCUGCUCAAACGUUGUCUAUGUUUGGCAGCACAUACCUGUGUGAACAACUGUUUUCUUUGAUGAACCUGAACAAAACAUCACACAGAAGUCGACUUACUGCUGAACACCUCCACUCAAUUCUGAGGAUUUCCUCAGCUCAGAGCCUUACCCCGAACAUUGAUGAACUUGUGGAAAAGAUGGGACACCACCAAGUAUCACCCUCAACCUCAAACAAGUGA